UCUCUCUUAUUAAAAACCCUUGUUACCUGAUGCUUAUAGUUGACUCUGAGGUGAUGACUGUUUUCUGAAAGAGAAAGUGAAGAUGGGAAAAGCACCAUGUUGUGAUAAGGAUGGAGUGAAGAAAGGGGCUUGGACUCCUGAAGAAGAUGCCAAACUGCUUCAACAUAUCAGACAGCAUGGCCAUGGAAACUGGCGUAACCUUCCUAAACAAGCAGGUCUUCUUCGAUGUGGAAAAAGUUGUCGGCUUCGAUGGAGAAACUAUCUUCGUCCUGACAUAAAACGGGGUCCAUUUUCUUCUCAAGAAGAGGCUACCAUUGUCCAACUCCAUGGCUUGCUCGGUAACAAGUGGGCUGUCAUAGCAUCCCAUCUACCCGGAAGAACAGACAAUGAGAUUAAAAACUUCUGGAACACACAUUUAAAGAAGCGUCUACUUUCCCACCAAUCCCCGUCCUCUUCUGGAACAACCACCACCAUCAAAUCCGAGCCACCUUCAACCAGCCACAUGGUUCAGUGGGAGAGCAGCAGAGUUGACUCUGAAGCUCCCUUGUCAAUGGACUCAUUCCUGGAAGAUAAAACCGACUGUGAUAUCUUUCUCAGACUCUGGAAUUCCCAAGUUGGAAAAUCAUUUUGUUCAAGUUCUACAAGGGAAGAUGUAGUGUUUACAAAGGCAAUGACCGAAGCAUCACCAAGUCUCAAAUCGGAUUCGAUUGGCAGCUCCCAUGAACAAGAUGAUUGUUAUCGGCCAAAUUUAGAUAUUGUGCAUCUUUUAGAUACCAACAGCUCUAAUGGAUUCCCUGAUAAUUUUGAUGUAGCAUUGUUGCUGCUAGAUUUCCCAGGUGUUCAGUGACAGGGAAUUUAUACGCAAGCAAACUGAUAAUGUUCCUGAUUCCCUCAACCAUCAUUUCAACUUUAACCCUCAUUUUCAAAAGUAAUUUAGUUUAACAAAACUAGUAGAGUAUUAAAACUUUGAGAUAGAAGAUUUGGGUUCCGGCCUUUGUGUAUUGAAGAAGAGUAAAAACCUGGAACCAAAUAGUAUGAACUAUGUUCCAAUUUCUUUCUUUCUUUUUUGUCUUUUUUUUCGCACUUUGCCUGUAAUUUCUUGUAUAUGAAGUCCAUUUCUUGAGGUUUGCUAUGUAAUGGAGCUAUCAAUUUUCAACACAACCGGUGAUCUGACAUCCAACAACAUGUCAAUCUAUAAAAAUUCAAGUUCGGGUUA